ACCCUACUACGAUACCUCCCCGGUCCCCCUCCCCUCCAUGGCCUGAUUCUUUCUGCCUCACCGCCGCCGGAGGCGGUCAAACGAUGCUACCCCUCCCCCUGCGCCGCCACCUCCUCUUCAUGUACUCUCGCCGGAACCCUAGCUUCAUCCCCUUCUCCAUUGCCGCCACCGCCAUCUCCACCCUCCCAACCGACUCCGCCGCCCACCUCCUCGCCCGCGCCCGCCUCUUCCCCCAUUCCCGCAGCCUCCUCUCCCGCCUCCUCGCCCCCGGUCACCGGCCCCACCUCGCCGCCUCCCUCGUCGACCUCCUCCAUCGCGCGGCUCCCGCACUAGGGCCUCGCCGCAGCGCCCUGCCCUCCGUCGUCGACACCCUCCUCUCCCUCCUCGCCGACCGCGGCUUCCUCGACGACGCCGUUCUCGCCCUUGGCCGCGUGCGCGAGCUGCGGGUGCCCCCUAACACCCGCACCUGCAACCACAUCCUCCUCCGCCUAGCGCGAGAGCGCCGCGGCCCGCUCGUCCGGCGGCUAUUUGAGCAGGUGCCCGCCCCCAACGUGUUCACGUUCAACAUCGUGAUCGAUUUCCUGUGCAAGGAGGGGGAGUUAGCGGAGGCAAGAGCAUUGUUCUCGAGGAUGAAGGCAAUAGGUUGCCUACCAGAUGUUGUCACAUACAAUUCUCUCAUUGAUGGGUGUGGCAAAUGCGGGGAGUUGGAAGAGGUGGAGCAGCUCGUCGGGGAGAUGAGGGGGUGUGGAUGCACACCAGAUGUUGUGACAUAUAAUGCAUUAGUCAACUGCUUUUGCAAGUUUGGGAGGAUGGAAAGGGCAUACAGCUACUUUGCUGAGAUGAAGAGGGAAGGAGUGAUGGCUAAUAUAAGGACUUAUAGCACCUUUGUCGAUGCGUUCUGCAAGAAGGGGAUGGUAAGGGAGGCUAUGAAGCUGUUUGCACAAAUGAGGAUCAAGGGGAUGACACCGAAUGAGGUGACAUAUACAUGUUUGGUUGAUGGGACCUUUAAGGCCGGUAGGCUAGAUGAUGCCUUUGUUUUGAUUGAUGAAAUGGUACAGCAAGGUGUGCCAUUGAAUGUGGUCACAUAUACUGUGCAAGUUGAUGGCCUUUGCAAAGAGGGGAAGAUUGCCGAAGCGGAGGAUGUUUUUAGGCUGAUGGAGAAAGCUGGCGUCAAAGCCAAUGAGUUGUUGUACACUACACUAAUUCAUGGGCAUUUUAUGAAUAAAAAUAGUGAGAGAGCACUGGAUUUGUUGAAUGAGAUGAAGGAUAAAGGGAUGGAGCUUGAUGUUUCGCUUUAUGGUGCCCUCAUUUGUGGACUCUGUAAUCUUCAGAAGGUGGAUGAGGCUAAGAGUUUGUUAAAUAAAAUGGAUGAAUGUGGUCUGAAACCCAAUAAUAUCAUCUAUACGAAUAUAAUGGAUGCUUGCUUUAAAGAAGUAAAAGAGUCAGAGGCCAUUGCCCUGCUCCACAAGAUGCAGGACUCUGGGUUCCAACUUAAUGUUGUGACAUAUUGUGCAUUGGUUGAUGGUUUGUGCAAAGCAGGAUCAGUUGACGAGGCAGUCUCACAUUUUAACAAAAUGAGAGACUUAGGAUUAGAGCCUAAUGUACAUACUUACACCGCUUUAAUUGAUGGUUUAUGCAAGAAUGGGUGCUUAACCAAGGCUGUGGCGUUGUUGGAUGAAAUGGCUGGCAAGGGUUUGUCUCUGGAUAAAGUUGUGUACACAUCUCUUAUGGAUGGGUACCUGAAGCAGGGAAAUCUUCAGGAUGCCUUUGCACUCAAGGCCGAGAUGAUCAAUAGUGGUUUGCAACUUGAUCUCUAUGGGUACACUUGUUUUGUAUGGGGAUUUUGUAAUUUAAAUAUGAUGCAAGAAGCUAGAGAAGUUCUUUCAGAAAUGAUUGGAAAUGGUAUUACUCCUGAUACGGUAAUUUACAACUGUCUGAUAAGCAAAUACCAGAAAUUGGGGCAUAUUGAGGAGGCAGCCAGUCUUCAGAAUGAAAUGGAAAGUGUGUUACCCUCUUGUACAAUUGGUGAUGCUGCUCCUGGUUCUGAUGGUUAAACCUGAGCAUCUGCUUGUAAACAGGAUAGCAGCAAAAGCCACUGAACUAAAACACUUCUCUGCUGGUUUUUUGGCUGGUUCAGACUAGUCACGAAACCGCAAUUGAUGCCAAAUUUGAGAAACCAUGUGGAAAUUUCUGAUUAUUUAGAAACAGGUCCCAACAGACAUAAGGACUGAGAAGGAACUCCCAAGUUUUGAAAUGCUCCAUAGGUAAGGUUUCAUGUGUCCAUGAAGAACUCGUCGUCAUUUUUCCCAAACAACAGAUGUCAGAGAUUCAUGAAGAACGACACAUGCAGUGGGACCUGUUAGUCGUAGUCGAACAAUGGACAAAGAGGUGAAGACAACACUGUAUUCUUCUAGACAUUGACCUGCUGAAUAUUGUGGGAGCACACAUUCAUGUCCAUCAGCGGAUCGUAUCACACAGUAGUCAGGUCAAAUUCGUGCUCCAAGCACCUCUGUUUACCUUCAUGAGGUGAUAAAGUUUUCUUUGUGGUCUAUGCUGAAACAGUGUUGACGUUGGUAAGAUUUGCAAAGAGAAGACUGAUUUUGAAGUAUGCCAGGAUGCUUCACAUUCACUUGUUUCUGGUGGUAAUAUGACACAUGAGAAGCAUCGCAGAUCAUAACUCUCUGGUUUGAAACCAAGAUUUGCCACUUAUGCCUACUGCGAUCCUUCAAAGUUCAGUAUCAUCAGGGAUGCAGUGAUCAACAUGGUGUAGAAUGAGUUAUUAUGUUUACAAGCUACGCCAAUAUAAAUCUACCGGGAAAACGUCAUAAGAGGGCUGCACUAACAGGUUCAUCUUGAUGUUGGGCUUGUGCAUAAAAUGGGCCUGCUUAACUGGUCCAGUCCUUACUUCCUGCGAACCAUCAGGUUACUGCUAGUUAUGCAAAGACGUGGUACUUGCAGUGAAAAGUGAUGGAGUAUCUUGGUGAUAGAUAGUGAUCAAAGAACUGGAGAAUGGUACUGAUGUCUGUUGGUUUUGUGAAGAAGAAUAAGAUGAUCGGGAAUUUCCUGGUCCCCAUAGGAAUGAUUCUUUUGGUGGAGGAGGCAUGACGUAUCGGAGUCCUGCAAGCUGCAGAAUAUGCUGGAACUGUUAUUUUUCCUAGUCUAGCAUCUCGUCUCAGACCCAAGUCAAUUGGAUAUAUUGAAUAGCCAGCCAUAAACUCUACAUGAACCGCCUAAACAAAGUUUAAAAUGAAUAGGUCUAGUUUUUCUCUUUUGCACAGUUUUUUUCCUCUUCAAACAGUGUUAUCUAACUAUUGAUUAUUUUUCCCAAGUGAUCUUGCAAUUUGGGUAUUGCAUUUGUUUUAUUGGUUAUUUGUCGGCCCAUUCACGAUGUGUGGACAGUAUCAUCAAUGAUU